CGGAGCGGCGACCGUAUACAUUCCUCGGUGCGGUGAGUCCCCCUCUGCUUCUCCGCGCUUCCCCUCGCUCGCCUCGUCUCUCUGAGCCUCGGCGCCGAGGGGGAGUCGUCGCCGACGGCGGCCAGGGAGCGCGGGGGCGCCAGCAGAGGGGGCGCCAGAACGCGAGCGACGAGCUGUUUCGGUGAGCGUCCCCUCCCGUUUACCCCUCCCCUCCCCUCCCCUCCCCUCCCCGGCUCCUCCCAUGUCGAGCGGUAUUUUUGCUUGCCGCAUCUUGAUUCGCUGCUGAUUUCCCCCGGUUCUGCUCGUCUCGACGGUGAUUUGGGAUCCGUGAGCUCUUGUUUUCAGUAUUUUGCGAGCGUAUAGCAUGCGGUUUCGUCUAAUCGAUAGUUCCUGCUCGAACGACGAAUCGAACUGUCGCGUACUAUUAGAUUGGUUUUUUUUUGUUCACUUGUUGAUGCUAAAUUUGAAAUCCGAACGCGUGGUUUGAGUGCCGGGCGGAGUGGGGAAAGGAAGGGCGUCUGGACUGGGUCUCACCUGUUUCUGGAGACCAGAGAGAAACUUUGACUUGGAACGCGAGAAGAAAUCGCGCGUUUUGACGUGGUCUUAGGGAGUUGGUUGUUCCAACUUCCAAGUCGCGAGGCGGUCUCCGGCGAAGCUGCGCUAGUUUCUGCUCUGAACUACUUGCCCGGUCUAUAGCUUAAUAGCUAACACGACAGAAUAAGGGCAAUGAUGAAUGUGUAGAUGAUGCUAGGUUGGUUACAUGCAUUGGUUGGGUGGCUCCCUAGUCAAAUCAAGGUCUGGUGCACCGCCCACCACCACCCACCACAAUCCAUGGAGGAUCAUCGAGUAGCUGAGGCCCCAGGGAUAAACAUUUUCUAAACUCCUUUUCUUUUCCAAGAUAUGUCCUGAUAAGAACAGCCUUAAGCACUUCAUUUUAUUUUUUGCUUAUCAGGUUUUCCUUAGACUAUAUAUCACCUAAUUUCUUUCAAUGUACACAACAUUAGUCCUGCUAAGAUGGAAUGAGUAUGUACAUUAGAUUUCAACAGAAUUAAGUCUUUUGUCAAAGAUAUUGCGCAUAACAUUAAAAUUACUUUUUACUUUUUAAAAAAAGAUAUAAGUUAAAUAUUUUCUUUCUAGUACCUCAUCUGCCUUUAGCACAUAGAUAGUUUGCUAGUUCAAAUCUUGACUAAUUUCAAGUGAUGUUUAUGUCAGCAGUUGGUCUUUUUUCUACUGGAAUUGCAGUUCUUUCAACAUGCCUUUUGCAGUUGUCCAUUAAGGAAGAAUAGAAUGUUAAAGAAUGGACUGUUUAGGAACGCAGGAACCCCAUUCAACUGGUAUAUCUACAGGACUUUUGGAAGAUCAUCAUUAUCAAAAGACUACGUUGGACCAAACAUCAAGGGAAAACCAGCAAAAUGGACGUUCCAGUAAUGAAGCAUCAAAACAUAAUAUUGGAAUCUCUGAAGUCCAUUUCUCAUGGGAUGAUUCUAGUGCAGCGAUGACCAAUUUACAUCCACUCUUACCAUGUGAUUAUGGAUCAUUGGUUCAUACACUGGCACCUUGCUGCUCAGACUCUGAAACUGUGUUCUCAUCUAAUUGGAAACAGAAUAAUCCUCAGUCAAAAGAAAUGUAUCACAGUGGUGAAGCAACAGAUGACAACUCUGAGUUUCUUCAGCUAAUUUUUAGUGACACUUACGAAGGGAACAGUUCAAGUGAACUGCAAAUUUGGGAUGUUUUGGACCUGUAUUUCCCUGAAAGCAUUGCUGCUGUUCAAUUCAAUACUCUGAUGGGUUUUGGAAAUGAUGAUUGUACUCCUUAUAAUGAGUGUGUGGAUGCUGCUGAUAUGGUAGAGAUGAGCAUUUCUCCCCCAUCUCCAGACAGGGACGCAGAUGAUGCUAAUUGCAGGGUUCCAGUUGAUUACACUAGCUUUUAUCUUCAAAAUAAACCACCAGAUUCAGAUAAUGAGUGCAGCUCUGCCUCUUGCAUCGUGACAGGAUAUGAAUGUACUGAUAAUCAAGAGCUACCUAUAGGUCUUCUGAAUUUAAUGGACAUUGGAUCACCAGGCGAUUCAGAUGACUUAUCCAGACCAUUAUUGACCACAAAAAACAUCAUGCUUGUGCUGGAUCUGGAUGAAACCCUUGUCCAUUCAAAGUUACAACCCUGUGAUAAUUUUGACUUCACCCUUCAAGUUUUCUUUAAUAUGGAAGAUCAUACUAUAUAUGUGAGGCGGAGACCUCACCUCGAGAUGUUCCUUCACCGUGUUGCUCAGAUGUUUGAGGUUGUCAUUUUCACAGCUAGUGAAAGUGUUUAUGCUGAACCUCUAUUAGAUAAACUCGACCCAGACCGGAAACUGAUUUCACGCCGUUUUUACCGUGAAUCUUGUACCUUUUCCAAUGGUAGCUACACGAAGGACCUAACAAUUUUCGGAGUUGACUUGGCAAAAGUUGUGAUAGUUGACAAUACUCCACAGGUCUUCCAACUGCAGGUCAACAAUGGGAUACCCAUAAAGAGCUGGUUUGAUGACCCGGCAGAUGUUGAGUUGAUGGAACUGCUUCAAUUCCUUGCGACCCUCGUCGACGCAAAGGAUGUUCGACCAAUCAUCUCGAAGAACUUCAACAACAAACCUGAACUGGAAUGUUCCGAGGACCGGGAUCCUGGUGGCACCACUCGACCUGCCGGCCUGACGGCCUCUUGCGUCACAGCGUCACUCGUACGCCUACGGCCUACCCUGCACUCCCCUCACAGCCGGUGGUCUUGCGUGGCCGGCCGGCCUCUCUCGGUUUUCAGGCCGUUGUCGUCGUCCUAGACUUCUAUAGUUGCU